AGUUUAACACGCAGAGAAGUCAGAUUUUUUACAUCCGUUUUUGCAUAACUUAUUGAGAGAAAUGUUCGUUGUACGUCGUAGCACUGCCCGCUUGUACCCCGCAGGAGUACAAUUGGCGAAAAUGAGCGGUAGCCAGCUAGGCGACUUGGGCAGCGGUGCCGGCCAGGGCGGCGGUGGCGGCGGCUCCAUUCGUGCUGCUGGUGGCGCCUUUGGCAAACUGGAGGCUGCCCGCGAGGAGGAGUUCUUCUACAAGAAGCAAAAGGAGCAAUUGGAGCGCCUAAAGAACGAUCAGAUCCAUCAGGCCGAAUUCCAUCAUCAGCAGAUCAAGGAGCACGAGGAGGCCAUCCAGCGCCACAAAGAUUUCCUUAACAACUUGCACAAGUGAACACCUGAAACACUCUCGAAGCACUUAAAACUAUAACGUGACAUUUAACUUAAUUGCAUUUAGCGUUUAUAUUUUUGUGUAUGGUUCUUAAAGUAAACACGAACUGUCUAAAUGCUUUAAUAAAGAAUUGUAUUUAAUGCACGCUUUUGGC